UAUUUAAAACACCCCCGUUUGGUAGUGGUAUAGCCCAACAUACCCUUCUAUCCGAGAGGUACAGUAUCGUCAUCGUCGCCAUGGUCGAGCCGGCAGUUCUGUACGCGGUGGCGGCGGUUUUCGUCGCCGUUUUGCUCUUCCUUGCCGUCAAACUCAGAGGAGGACAAGAGCAACAACCUGCUGAUGAUGGGCAGCGCCGCGGUGCCCCUCGUCCGAGGACGGAUGCGGAGAGGGCAGCUGGAGCCCCCCGCAGGGUCAGGGGUGCACGACAGAGACUACAGGCCGCACGGCGCAUCAACCAACAGGACAGCGAGGGGGAUAGUGACUCAGAUGAAGGCAGGCCAGAAAUAGACAUUCCAGAGGGCAUGAAGGUUGGAGCUAAGAAAAUGAAGAAACUGGAGAUGAAAGCAGAGAAGAAGGCAGCAAGAGAGGCUGCAGAACAGGAGAGAGAAGAAAGAAAACAGCGUGAGAAGAUGUUGGAAGAAAAGAGGAAACAAGAGGAAGAAGAGGAGAAACUUGAAGAAGAGAGAAGGGCUGAGGAAGAAAGAAAAGCUAAAGAAGAAAAAGCAGCCCGGGAACAUGAGGAGUAUCUGAUGAUGAAGGAAGCUUUUACUGUGGAGGAGGAGGGACAUGAAGAGAUACUGGAUGAAGAUGCUACUGAAAAUCUAUUGCAAGACUUCAUUGAUCAUAUUAAGGCUGUGAAAGUGGUGCUUUUGGAGGACCUGGCAGCACAAUUCAACAUGAGGACACAGGACUGUAUCCAGCGUGUGCAGGAGCUGCGUGAGCAGGGGCGGCUGACAGGAGUGAUCGACGACAGGGGCAAGUUCAUCUACAUCUCACAGGAGGAGCUGCAGGCAGUCGCCAAGUUCAUCAAACAGAGAGGGAGGGUCUCCAUCACUGACCUGGUGGAGAGUAGUAACCAGCUGAUCCACCUCAUCCCAGACACAGAGCAAGUCAUCAGGGUUCAAUCCAGUUAGGCUCUCUUGGAUUCACCAGUGAGAGGAAGACCAAUUUGUUUGCUUACAUGUGUCUAUAAUUGCCUAUUUCUUGCUGACUGAAAUUGUGAUUUAUCAUCAUGGGAAACAUACAUGUGUGUAUACCUGGGACAAUUCAGAGGUCCCCUACUGAACUUGUGUGCUGGCUUCUGUUUUACAUGUACAGAAAGUAAAUCAUAUUUUAUUUCCUGAUUACGUGAUGUACUGGAUUGUGCUAUUGAUUGUGAAGCAUACAAUGUCAAUUUGUAUGUGCACAUAUGUUGAAAACAAUUUCCUGGGAGAUCCUUGGUGUUAUUGAGCAACAGGAGAUACUUCUUAAAUGUUUUGUGUUCCUGUGACAAUAUUCUGUGAUAAAUGUAAUCUACGAAUAUAUUGGAGUCCUUUAUAAAGACGUUUCUAUACAGCAAAUGGCUGGGAUUUAUGUCACUUUAUUUACAUGUCAUCAAAAUCCAAAGAAUUGUAAAAUAUCUGAUAGACUUAGUCUUUGCAGCAGUCCUCACAAUGCAACAGUCAGCUGUGGUUGGUCUUGUCUACAGUAUCUUCUGCUCGUCAGUUGCACAAGGAAUCAUUCUUCAUAAAAGAUUACCCUUGGCACAGCUAUAGGAGUGAUUUUACAUUUUGCUGUUGCAACCAUCUAAUAUCUGAUAUGGAUAUUGGUGCCAAAUGAAGUUUAUGACUCAUGUGACUGAAGUUUAUGACUCUUAUAGUACAUGAACAAAGUCAUGUAUUAUAAGAAAGAUAGUAAGUUAAACCUAGAAGUCUGAGGAUAAACCUAAAAGCAAACAUCUCAUGGACACUUUAAUUUGAAAUCUGACUGUGCUGAAGGCAUCCAUCAUUUUCUUUGCUGCUGUCUAUGUAAUCUUCUGGGCUUUAGUUUUGCCUACAUGAUGCUCAUGUUUCUGAUAUUGACUUAGAUAGAGCUACGUGAAAUUGAAAAGAGCUGACACUGGACAAUCAAAAUUGACUCAGUGGCAAACUUGAAUCUGUAUCUGACCUUUAAUACUUUUAGACUGUUUACAUCUAACAGCUAGUGACUAGGCAAAGCAGAGUGCAUUAAAUAUACUAAUGUUCAACGUUUUAUACCCAGAAUUGAAUGAUUACCGAAUAUAUUGAAUGAUAACCUUUAUAAUUGAGCAUUCAUGCUCUAUUGGGCUAAAUACAGGCAUACAGUUACAAAGGUCAUUAUUAAGUACACAUGGUGAAAUUGAAUUGAAAAGACUUCAAUGUUAAGUCUAAACAUGGGUUGUAAAAGCACUCUAAUACAUAA